AAUAAAAAAAAAAGUUGAAGAAGUGAAGUCUCGGCCGACGGACACGCCUUCGUCGAGAACUUCACGUCUGGCCCAACACCUAGCCAUCCAAGUGCCUCCGCGAGCGCACACGCAGCCACGAGCGCACAGCAACGAUGAGCAGCAGCAGCAGCGCGAACCGGACGAUCUACAUCGGUGGACUUGCGCCGCACAUUACCGAAGCGCACCUCGUCUCGUACUUUUCGACGUACGGGGAUAUCCUCGACGUGCAGCUGCCGCGUCCAGGGCCUCGUCGCGGGCAGCAGGAGCAAGUUGACAGCGGCGCAGCUUCCGGAGGAGGAGGAGGAGGAGGGGGAGGAGAACAGGCGCCGCAUCGAGGCUUUGGCUUCGUCGACUUCUCGACGGCAAGAGAGGCAGAGGACGCGAUCGACAACAUGCACCUCAACGAGAUCGAGGGGAGGGUCAUCUCGGUCAACCUGGCCAAGCCGAGCAGGAAGGAGGCGGCUUCCGGUGGGAACAUGAGGAACAGGGCCGUCUGGCAGGACGAGGAAUGGAUCAAGCAGUACGGCACCGAGCAAGAAGGAGCAGCGCCAGAAGCUGCCGCCGGGGAGCCGCAGACCACGGACGCAGACGCAUAAAACUGUAUCAUUACGACUAGCUUUUGCGAUGUAAUACUACUACUACUACAGGAUAGGACAGAG